AUGUCUCCCUCUCGUACACUUCCAACCCUCACGCAGGCUGAGGUCGCUUCUCAUAAUUCCGCAGAGAGUUGCUAUGUCACAAUGGGUACAAGGGUCUUUGAUGUUACAGAUUUUGUCGACAGCCACCCGGGCGGGGGUGAAUUGGUAUUAGAGUACGCCGGCAUGGAUGUAACAGAGAUAUUGAAGGACGAGCCCUCGCAUACACAUUCCGAAGCAGCUUAUGACGUUCUUGAGGACUCUUUUAUCGGAUUCGUUGCUACAAAUAAGAUUAUCGAUACAGCUACCAAAAGUACAAAACCAAAUACUAUCGUUCCACUUCCACCAACACAAGAAGGCUUGAAGGAAUUGAAAGAGAAUGGAUCCGCAAACUCUCCACCGGUUUAUGCCAGUACUGGCAUGUCUACGGAAGAAGAUCUAAACAAAGAGACGGAUCUCACAAAUGAUUACAAGACACACAAGUUUCUCGACUUAAACAGACCAUUAUUGAUGCAAAUUUGGCGUGGUGGGUUCAGCAAAGAGUUCUAUCUCGAACAAGUUCAUCGACCCCGUCAUUAUAAGGGAGGAGAAUCUGCACCUCUUUUCGGAAAUUUCCUUGAGCCUCUGUCAAAGACAGCUUGGUGGGUUGUACCUAUGGUUUGGGUUCCACCUGUAGCCUAUGGUACAUAUCUCGCUAGCGAAGGGUUUGAUAACAUCGCUGGUGAAGCGGCAUAUUGGUUGUUCGGUCUUUUCCUUUGGACCUUAGUUGAAUAUGUUUUGCAUCGAUUCCUCUUCCAUCUCGAUAAAUGGCUCCCAAGCAAUCGAGUAGCACUUACUCUUCAUUUUUUACUUCACGGCAUCCACCACUAUUUACCAAUGGAUAAAUACCGAUUAGUUAUGCCUCCUACCCUCUUUAUCGUUCUUGCAACUCCUUUCUGGAAGCUUGCGCACACUGUGUUUUAUUGGGACUGGUAUGUGGCUACGGCAGUGUUCUGCGGAGGAAUCUUCGGCUACAUCUGUUAUGAUUUGACACAUUACUUCCUUCAUCAUCGCACAUUGCCUUCCUACUGGAGACAAUUGAAGAAGUAUCACCUUCAACAUCACUUCAUGGAUUACGAAAACGGAUUCGGGGUUACCAGUCGAUUUUGGGAUUGUGUCUUCGGAACUCAACUCACACCUGCGCCGAAGACUGAAACCAUGAUCAAUAACGGUGUGUUUGAAAUGAUUUGA